AUGUCUCUAUACUUUCUAGAUCUCCAAAACUUCGUGGGUGGUUUAAGUAGUGAAGUUGGCAAGCUUGGAAAUUUGAAGACUCUAAAGUUGGAAGAGAAUCGGCUUGAUGGAUAUGUUCCUGAGCAAAUUGGAAAUCUGACAAAGUUGCAACACUUUUCUAUCAAUUACAACAAAUUUUCGGGGCGUAUUCCAGAUUCAAUAGGGUAUUUGAAGGGAUUGGAAAUAUUAUACAUGAGCGAAAACAGUAUCAGUGGUUUUAUACCUCCAUCAAUAAGUAACUUGAUCAGGUUGGAAACACUUCUGUUGGAAAAUAAUAGGCUUUCGGGAGAAAUCCCUUCAAGUUUAUUUAACAUAGAGAGUCUCAAGAUCUUAAAUCUUGGAGGGAACACAUUAACUUGGAAUAACAAUGUCAAAAUAAAAUGGAAGUUAAAAGUAUACUUCUGUCGUGUAACAAGCUUACUGGUUCAAUACCAUCUCGCCUUUUUCAAUAACAAUUUUUCAGGAGAGUUGCCAGAAAAUAUAGGUGAUGCUAAUAACAUCAAGGUACUUAUGCUGUCUGCAAACAGUUUUUCCGGGGCCAUUCCAAGAUCCAUUGCUGAUAUCCCUCAACUAAUGCUAUUAGACUUGUCAAGAAACAAAUUGUCUGGCAACACAUUCCCAGUUUUUGAUCCUGCAGAUUGCUCACUCUUUUAUGUUGAUUUGUCCUCUAAUGAACUUUCAGGUGACAUUCCAGUGUCAUUUUGCGGAGGAACCAGUAUUCUUGCACUGGGGGGGAAUAAGUUUUCUGGUAUGUUGCCUAGGAACCCAACAAAUAUGAUAAUGCUUGAAUAUCUUGAUCUCCAUGACAACAACAUUACAGGUAAUUUGCCAGAAUUUCUUUCCCAACUAUCCUACCUUCAAGUUCUUAGUGUACGUAACAAUUAUCUACAUGGCUCACUACCAACCAAGUUGUUCUCCAACCAAAGUAGCCUCAAAAUCCUAGAUCUCUCAAUUAAAAAUCUUGUUGGAAAUGUCCCAUCGGAGUUGGAAAAUCUAUUUGGAGGUUGGGCUUUAUAUGUAAGUGGACCUGAUAUUGAUAAUGAAAUGGAGCUGAGCUGGACUGAGGGCACGAUUAAAUCCUACAGGGACUUGUCGAAGAAUAUGCUCUCCGGUAAUAUUCCAUCUUCAUUAGGAAAGCUCAAGUAUCUAAAGCUACUGAACAUCGCCAACAACAGGCUCUCUGGAUGUAUACCACAAAGUUUUGGGGAUCUUGAGAGUAUAGAAACAUUGGACCUAUCCAACAACAAUAUUUCUGGUACAAUUCCACAGUCAUUUAUGAAGUUAGAUGAACUCUCUGUGUCAGAUGUGAGCAACAACAAGCUAAGUGGUGAAAUCCCGCGGGGUGGACAAAUGGACACAAUGAAUGAUCCGAGUUAUUUUGCUAACAACAGUGGGUUAUGUGGCAUGCAGAUCAGGGUGAAAUGUUCAAAAGACGAGCCACCACCAAAUGAUGGACAAGAAGAGGAUGAGGAUGACCUUGAUAUUAAAAUAUUUUUAAAAAAAAUAAAAACAAGAAACAUCAUUCUUGUCUCAUCUCAUUUGUGA